GCAGCCAUCCUGGGUAUGUACACGCUGAUGAGCAACAAGCAGUACUACGAUGCAAUCUGCAGCGGGACCAUCUCCAACACGGAGGGCAUCAACAGCGUGGUGAAGCCUGACACAUACAAGCCAGUGCCCGACGAGCCCCCGAACCCCACCAACGUGGAGGAGACGCUGCGGCAGAUCCAGGCCGAUGACGGGGCUCUGGAGGAUGUCAACCUCAACAACAUCAAGGACAUUCCUAUCUCCACGCUGAAGGCCAUCUGUGAGGCCAUGAAAACCAACACCCAUGUCAAGAAGCUCAGCCUGGUAGCCACUCGCAGCAACGACCCCGUGGCCAGCGCCGUGGCCGAGAUGCUGAUGGAGAACAAGACCCUCCAGAGCCUCAACAUCGAAUCCAACUUCAUCACCAGUGCUGGCAUGAUGAGCAUCAUCAAGGCCAUGUACCACAACACCACCCUUAGCGAGCUCAAGGUGGACAACCAGUGCCAGCGGCUGGGUGACACGGUGGAGAUGGAGAUGGCCACCAUGCUGGAGCAGUGCCCCUCCGUCGUGCGCUUUGGCUACCACUUCACACAGCAAGGGCCCCGUGCCCGCGCUGCCAUCGCCAUCACCAACAACAACGAGCUCCGUCGCAAGCAGAAGAAAACCUAA